CUUUUCGGCUCCUUAUACAUUUGACAGCGAUUGUGUAACUAGCAAUCGAUAAUAUUCAAAACCAAAGAAAACUUUUAUACAUAAAUGUUCAUGAAGUGAAAUGACAGACAAGGAACAACAAGAAGAUGAACUAUUAGCACUAACCAGUAUAUAUGAUGAAACAGUGCUGUCAGUGUCAGAUGAUACAGAAGAACCUGGAGGACAGUUUCUAGUCAGUUCACAUAUACCAGAUAAUUUUAGUAUAAAGUCUCUGUCUAAAGAUAACAAGAUAGAAGAACAUGUAGUGAAGAAUCUGCCACCUAUUUCUCUUAACUUCCAAUUACCAAAAGAUUACCCUUCAGUAACCCCACCACAGUUUACCCUGUCGUGUAAAUGGUUGAAUAGGAAACAGCUAACUAAAUUAUGUCUAAGAUUAGAUGAAAUUUGGGAAGAAUAUAAACCGUGUGUUGUUGUGUUUUUAUGGACAAGUUUUCUUCAGGAUGAAUCUUAUGAAUUUCUUGGCUUAUCUGAUACAUUAGACUUAACUACGCCCCAAUCCAUAGAAAGAAAACAAUCAACGGAGAAGUAUGAUCGAAGAGCUAUCCAGGACAUAGCCUCUCAAAAUAGACUCCUUGCAACACUUAUUGACUAUGACAAGCAGGUUAAACAGAUUGAAUUUGACAGGACAUUGUUUGAGUGUAAAGUUUGUUUUUGUGAUAGAACAGGUUCACAGUGUAUUAACUUUUAUGAAUGUGGUCAUGUUUACUGUAAGGAAUGUAUGAAGGAAUACUUCACAGUUCAGAUUGGUGAAGGAAAUGUGAAUGGUUUGUACUGCCCUGAAGACAAAUGUGAAUCACAAGCUCACCAAUCUCAGGUAAAGGAACUUGUUCCACCAGAAUUAUAUGCCAAGUAUGAUAAACUCCUUCUACAGACUGGUUUAGAUACUAUGCUGGACAUAGCCUAUUGCCCUCGACCUUCCUGUCAACAGCCAGUUAUCAUGGACAAGGAGAUGUCCAUGGCCUCUUGUGCUAGCUGUUGUUUUGUAUUUUGUACGCUUUGUAAACUUAGUUAUCAUGGAUUGUCACCAUGUAGGAUAAAAGCAGAGGGAUUAAGGAAAUUGAAGGAUGAAUGGUUGAAUGGAGAUGAGGCGACAAGAAAACUUUUAGAGAAGAAAUUUGGUAAAGCUGCCAUCCAGCAGGCUGUAGAGGAAUCGUUUAGUAAUGAAUGGUUGGACAGCUUUGCCAAAAAAUGUCCCCAUUGUGGGGCACAAAUACAGAAAAUAGAUGGUUGUAACAAGAUGACGUGUAUGAAAUGUCGUGCCCAUUUCUGUUGGAUUUGUAAUGGCUUCCUGGCGAAAGCUAACCCGUAUUCACACUUUAGUGAGAUGGGCAGUAAAUGUUUCAACAGAUUGUUUGAAGGUGUUGACAUGGGAGAUGAUGAUGACGACUGGGAUCAGUGGCUAUAAAUAGAAACUGGGAGAGACCAAAGGGAGAUAAUUUAUGGGAUCGAUGGAUAUAAAUAGAAACUUGGAGAAACCAAAGGGAGAUAAUUUAUGGGAGAUGACUGGGAUCAGUGGAUAUAAAUAGACAUUGGGAAAGACCAAAGAGAGAUAAUUUUUGGGAUCAGUGGAUAUAAAUAGAAGCUAGAAGAUACCUGAGGGAGAUAAUUUAUUUAGGGAUACACAAGUCAAAAUGUAUGAAGUUGUGUUAAAAGAUAAUUCAUUGCAAGAAUGAGCAUGCAACAUACUUUGAGUUUGUGAAUUAAAUUUUUAAAUUAAUUAUUUUUUAUUUCUACAAAUUCUUUUUGAAUUGGAUGUAUGAUUUGUAUUUUUUAAGGUAAUUUCUUCUUCUAGGACAAAUUAAAGGAUACUUCUUGAGUCAUAAAUGACAGGUGCUUAUUUUUACUAAACACAUUUAAUCAGCAAAUAAAGAAUUACACUUACCAGUAAAACAAUACAAAAUUGAAUUCUACCAAACAAUAUAUAUAGUCACUAAAAACAAUUUAAAGUAAUAGUAACGAUGCCAUUUAUAUAACACAGAAUAUUGGACAGUUAUAAUAUAGUUUGAUUUGAAUCUGUUACCUCAAUAGAUAAAAAGAUGUGGAAUGAGUGCCAAUGAGACAACUCUCCAUCUAAGUCACAACUUGUAAAAGUAAACCAUUAUAGGUCAAAGCAGGGUCUUCAACACAUAGCCUUGGCUCACACCGAACAGCAAGCUGUAAAGCUAUGAACAGCCUGAACCUAUCUGAAUUUAUAGGUUGUUUAUAUAUGUUAUUCCUUACCAUGUUACAGUGAUUUUAAGAAUGAAUGAAGUUCCUGCUAUCUACACUGUUACAGAAUCAUAUUUUCUAGUUUUGCAACAUUGAGGGCAUUGUUAUGUAACUUAGCAUUUGAAUUAUAUUGUUAACUUUUAUUGGUUUAUCAUGAUGCAAGUAUUGAAUAAAUGAGAAAUUUCAUGUUGGAAGGGAAAAUAUAGAUUCCACCACUACAUCAUGUUGUUUACGAUAUUAAUCCUCUUGAGACAGUUAAAUUUUAACUGUAAAACAGUGAAUAACAAGAAUGUGUCCAAAGUACACGGAUGCCCCACUCGCACUAUCAUUUUACAUGUUCACUGGACCGUGAAAUUGGGGUCAAUACUUUAAUUUGGCAUUAAAAUUAGAAAGAUCAUAUCAUAGGGAACAUGUGUACUAAGUUUCAAAUUGAUUGGACUUCAACUUCAUCAAAAACUACCUUGACCAAAAACUUUAACCUGAAGCAGGACGAACGAACAGACGGACGAACUGACGAACGGAGGCACAGACCAGAAAACAUAAUGCCCCUCUACUAUCGUAGGUGGGGCAUAAAAAUUGUAGUACACAAGAUAUAGUAGUAGAAUCUGUUUCUAUGAUGAUUUUAAAGUUUGUCCUUCCUUUUUAGAGAUUUUAAGAAAGUUGUGUUCUUUAUAUAUGUCCUUUUUUCAUGACAUCACAAUAGAAAAUUCAGAAGAAAUCAAGAAAUUUUUACCAUUCAUUUGCAUAGAACAGUUAUUUCACCAGUGAGUAGAACUGUUUGGAAAAUAGUAAAAAGAAAAAAUGUCAAGUCUGAAAGGAGGAAUUUUAAGUUUAAAGAGUUAAAUGUCAACUUGCAAUUGGGAGUGAGAAAUGUAAAUUGGAAUUUUUUGUAAGAAAGUCAAAAUGAAAAUGAGAAAUUUAAAGAAUAGAAUGUCCCUAUUGGUCUUUAAUUCAUUUUCAGCCUAACUAUGAUUCCCCUUGAAAUUCUAGGAUUUGAUGCUGUGUGUUCAUUUCCAGUGUAUUGUUGUGACAUGUAUAAUUCUAGAAAAUUGAUGUAUAAAGACAUUUAGAAUACUUUGGUUUGAGUAUUAUCUCUGCAGAUGUAUAACAGAAAUUAACCUUUUAUGGAAAACAAGUACCUAUUAUUUCACAUUGCCUUCUGUUUUUUAAAACAUAUAAGGACUGAAUAGGAAUGUUUAUAAUGAUCAAUAAAAUUAUAAGAUACAAUUUCACUUCCAAUAAGAAUAAUAUUUAAAAAUUUGUUAACUAAGAAAUCACAUAUUACACCUCAGGAAUAUAUAGUCUGGAUUUUGAAAUUUACUGCAUCACGUUUCUAAAUAUCAAGUAUUUCUGUUGAAAUAUAAAUAUUUGUACAAAGUAAAUAAAGUAAUUGUCUAUAAUCUAUACCCUUCUUUAUCUCUAAUAGUAGCACACCAAAGUAUAUUAUUAUAGCAUAUUGUAUUCGCUAGGAGAAGAAAAGCUUGUAUAUGCAAUUUCUUUUCGUAAAAAAUCACUGAUGGAUAAAAACUGUAUUGAUGAAAAACAGUUGAUAUGGUUAAUGGAUAAAUAUUGAUGAAAUGGGAAGGGCUUAGGGGUGAUGAUAUUUGUGAGUUUUGUCUUCCUUCAUUGUAUUUUUAUUUAAGGUGGCUUGUGGGUUCAAAAAUUUUAGCAAAAAAUUAAACCUUUAUUUUUUCAUUACAAAUUUUAUUCAUUACACAAUUAGUUGUAACUUUACGAUAUGGUACAAAAAAACAAUCCAAAAAAAUUAUUGGUUUGGCCCCAGAUGACUUUGAAAAUUAAAAAAGCUCCAAGUUAUCUCCCUUUGGUGCAAAAAUACCAUUUUUUGGCCUUAAAUUUGAAAUAUCUUUUUUAACUCAUCGGUGACAUAUAUUUUUUAUUAUUGUUUUUAAAUAAGCUGUACAUAAACUAAAUAAUUGUAAAAUUUAAGCGAUUUCUUAUAUUAGGUUAUUUUCUUAUUUCAAUAUUACCUCUUUUUCUCCUAUUAGUUCAACAGAAAAAAAGGACAUUAACAAAAAUGUAUGCUUCUUCCAGAGGCAGAUUUUAGCUUAAAUGAACGGUGACCCCAUCUUUUUAUUUCAUUUUUCUUUUAAGUAUAUGAUAAAGUUCAUUCAUGAACUUAUAUAGCGAAAUCCUAUAAUAGAAAAAAAAAUCAUUUAUACCCAGGAGCCCCCUUAAGAGGAAAGAUAUUAUAAAUGCUAAAUUAUUUAUGUGUUGUUGAAUUUAUUAUUGAUUUGUACAAUUUUAAAAUAGUUAUAUUUGCCUCAUUUCAUUCUGCACUAAAACAAAGCUAUUUUUGUUUAUUUAUAUGAGUCAGAGGGUAUGUGUUAAAAGAAUUUGUGUGAUGUGUUGUAUAACCCUACUAUGUUAUCUUUUAAUUUACAAUUUGUAAUAUAUGAUUAUUUUGAUUAAUAAGUUAAAGCUUAUAUGUAAUAAAGCUCUUGUUGAAAUAAAAAGACUACCAGUGGU